AUGACCAAAGACGCUGAAAACUCGAACAACAACAAAUCAUCUUCUUCCUCUGAAUUUCAUCCUGCUUUCGGGGUGAAUAACAUCAAAAACGUCUUCCCUCUUCUCCUUGAACGUGGAAAGGUUCACUAUUCGAAUUGGGUUGAGUUAUUUGAGUGUCAUUGUCAUGCUUACAAUGUUCUUGAUCAUAUUGAUCCAAAAACAUCGAAACCUACGGAUUUGUCCGAUGAUAUGUGGAAAAGACUCGAUUCUAUUGUCAAGAAUUGGAUUUAUGGCACUAUUUCCAGUGAUUUGCUAGAAAGUGUCUUAAGUAGAGGAGAUACGGCACAACAAAUAUGGGAUAAAUUAAAGGAUAUUUUUCAAGAUAACAAAACAACUAGGGCAGUGUAUCUUGAAACUCAGUUUAAUAGCUUGCAUCUCUCCAAUUUUUUGGAUAUUUCUUCUUAUUGUCGUGAAUUGAAGAGUAUCAAAGAUCAACUUGCUAAUGUUGAUCAACCCGUGUCGGAGCAAAAAUUGGUAAUUCGGUUAGUGUCAGGGCUCGUGGGCACUGAUUUUGAUACGAUGGCUGCAAUGAUUCAACAAAAGGAUCCUCUGCCUUCCUUUGAAACAGCAAGAUCACGUCUCAUGCUUGAAGAAUCACGCCGUGCUAAUGAUUCUAUUGCAUCUGCAUCCUUGUUUGUGGCGCAAUCCGACAACUCGGCCUCCUCACACACCACCACACCGCAACAACACUAG